AUGGCGUUAGGCGGAAUUGAUUUACAAUUCGACAGAGCGGUUGGAAUCGUGCAAGAAUUACCGAGGGAUGGUCCUAUACAGACAAAUUACGAAGAGAAGCUCAACAUGUACAGCCUCUUCAAGCAAGCAACAGAGGGUAACGUCAAUGGCAGUAGACCAAGUAUAUUUAACAUGCUCGAAAGGGCAAAGUGGGACGCAUGGUCAACACAGAAGGAACUUAGUUCAUCUGAAGCCAAGUACUUGUACAAUGAGACUUUGAAGAAAAUUCUCAAAAGGCACAGCGAUAAAGCAACAGGUGUCGAAUUACUUCUUAAAUUGCGUCAGCCUAUCACAGAUGACGAUCGAUCAGUCUCAGAAACCAGUUCAGAUUCAUCAGGCUCAGCUGAUAAUCCAUCAUUGCGCCUCAUCGUUCCUCCAUCCGUGACAGAGUCUGAUCCAAUUCCACAAGGCAAGUUAAAGCAAGGCAAUGACAUGGAAUUGGCUUGGGACUCAACAAGAUCGUUGCCUCAAACUUAUUCACAUAGCCUGAGCAAGUAUACGAACAAGCGUAUACGAGGAGCAAUUCUACCUUCAAGCAGCGUUGCUGAAGUUACGCCUAAAUCAGAAGACAGUGAUAAUGUUCAUGUUGAAGAUUUCACCGCCGUUCAAGUACGUUUAGAGGCGAUUGAAGCCAAAAUUGAAAGGGUUUUAGAGUCUUUGAGCAAAAUAAACAGUCGCCAGGACCAGUCAAGUAAGCUUAUGGAGCUGCUUAAGAAGAUGGCCAAAGUAUUCACAGCCAAGAAAAUGAUGACAGCAAUUAGCUUGGUCACCAUUUUGUUUAUGAUCGAAUACAGUCAUCAGAGAGAAGAAUCUGUGACUUACAUCGAUGAUUCCAGUCAUGAGUUAUCGGAUAGAUCUGACGAUUCAUUGGAUGAGUUUGACGAUAGCGCGGAUAUUAUCGACAACCAGGACUGGGAAGGUGCAGGCGGUGACUUUACCAAGCAAUAUAACAAGCUAAAGAAUCAAGUACUUCAUAUCAAGCAGUCACACGCUAAAUCAAAGUCUACACUAAAGAAGACUGAUGGCGGUGAUGAUUCUGCCGCUCUUCCAAAUGAUCAAUCCAACGAUCACUCACAUCCAGAUCAACUCUCUUCUCUCAACUCCAGGUUCUCUCAGCAGAUCAAUCUGGCACCGUACACCAAAGAGAAAUCUAAAGAGAAGGACAAAAGCGAUAGAGCUACAACUGAGCAAGUACUCGAUCCAAGAACUCGUCUUAUUCUUUUGAAAAUGAUCAACCGCGGUGUCGUAUCUGAGAUCAAUGGUUGCUUGAGCACUGGUAAAGAGGCAAAUGUCUAUCAUGGCUCUGCUCCCUCUCUGCAAAGAGAUCGUCAAGGUAUACAAUUGGCAAUCAAGAUCUACAAAACUUCUAUUUUGGUCUUUAAAGACCGUGAUCGUUAUGUCAGCGGAGAAUUUAGAUUCAGGAAAGGCUAUGCCAAAAGUAACCCUCGUAAGAUGGUGAGAUUAUGGGCAGAAAAGGAAAUGAGGAACCUCAAACGACUUUGGGAUCAAGGUUUGCCAUGUCCUCAACCAAUAGAAGUCAGGGAAAACGUUUUAAUUAUGGAGUUCUUUGGUACAGAAGAUGGAUGGGCUUCACCAAGACUCAAAGAUGCUCAAAUCGCCUCAUCUAAAUUGCCAAAACUUUAUGCUCAGCUCAUGGUCAAUGUAAGGAAAAUGUACAGAGCUUGCAGGCUUGUACAUGCUGACUUAUCUGAAUACAAUAUUCUAUAUCAUAAUUCACAACUAUAUAUAAUUGAUGUCUCUCAAUCAGUUGAGCAAGAGCAUCCUGCUGCAUUCGACUUUCUGCGUUCAGACUUGCGAAAUAUUGAGAACUUUUUCUCAAAACGUGGUGUCGAGACACUAUCACUGAGGGACAGCUUCGAAUACGUCACUCGUGAAAGUCUUGAAAAGAAUCCCACUUGGGGAGAGCGUCCUAGUAUCGGCCAAGUUGAAGAAGACCAAGUUCUCUACCAAGAAUUACAGAUUUGGAUCGAAAGAGCAAUCAAAGAUUUCGAUCAAAAUGGCAAGGAAGACGAAAAAAUUAAGCAAGAUGAUGCAGUAUUCCUUCAAUCUUACAUACCAAGAACUUUAGACCAGGUCAUUGACCCUGAGCGUGAUGCUGAGAAGAUAAGGCGUGGUGAAGGAGCUGAUCUGAUAUAUGGAACAACGACUGGUGUAACUGAAGCGAAUGAGCGUCCAGCCGAGAACAUUGAGAGCAGUAAUGAUGAAGAUGAUAAGAUAAAUCAUGAUAAUACAAGUGAUAUGAGUAGUGAAGAUGAAGGUAGUGAUAGUGAGAGUGAUAGCGAAGAUGGAGACAAGGGUGAAUGGAAGGAGAGAGCACCUAGAGGCAAGAAACAUGAGGACAAAGAUACAAAGAAGGAGCGUAAGCAAGCAAUGAAGGAUGAAAAGCGUGAAAAGCGUAAGACUAAGAUACCGAAAUCUGAAAAGAAGCGUAAAAUAAAGGUUUCGAAAGGAAAAAGGUAG